UUUACUGGUUGUCUAAAAGCCAACUCCUCUUGAUUAUUUUUCCCACUGUAAAUAGCCUAAUAUAGGGAUAUAAUGAUCUUUUUGUCUUUUGACACAAGGUCAUGCAGCUAAUGGGAUGCAGGGGGUGGGUUUCUCUGUGCAGAACCUCCUCUGUGUGCUGUUGUGCUUCACUUGAACUGAGAUGUGUGUGUUAUUUACAUUGUUGUGUCGGGGUGGCUGCUCACACGUGCCGCUGCCUGUCGUCUUUGUCCUGCUUCACAGCCUCACUAGCUGCCAUGGGCACAGCCUACAGGGAGAGGAGCUGUCUGCCGCCUUUUGCCGUUUCCUAACACCGCAUCCCUUGCAGCAGCAUCAGUAGCAACAGCAGCAGUUUUCAUCAGCAUCUAGUCAUUGCUUUGCAAUCGCGGGAGGAGUCUCAGCACUAUUUUUGCGCGUCUUGCGAGGCACAGUGACCGGAUUCCCGUAGGGCUGUACCCGAGCGACGUGUGCCCACCUGGAAGAUGCUGGGAUGCAGCAUCUUUUUUUCACCCAUUCGGGCUCCGAGUGAAGUGCUUUCUUUCGGAUGAUGCGCGAAAGGGUUGUCGGUGUGUUUAUGUUUCAGUCUGAUCCGGAAAACCCCCAUCCCAACAGGAGAUCCAUGCCCCGGUUUUUGCACUGUUAUCUACAUCAUGUCCCCAGGAUCGGCUGCAACGGCCAGUGAAAGCACCACCACCACCACCGUCCCCGAAGAGGAGCCGGACAACCCCCGAGAGGAGCAGCGGCCCCAGAAACAGUCCCUGACUAAAUCCCUGUGUCAGGAAACCCAUUGGAAAUGCCUGCUGCUAUCCCUGCUGAUGUACGGCUGCGUCGGGGUGAUGGCCUGGUGCCAGGUGACCAAGGUCACGCGCCUCUCCUUCGACAGCGCUUACAAGGGGAAGUCUAUGAUGUACCACGACAGUCCCUGCUCCAACGGCUACAUCUACAUCCCCCUGGCCUUCCUGGUCAUGCUCUAUGUGGUCUACCUGGUGGAGUGCUGGCACUGCUACACCAGGAACGAGCUGCAGUACAAGGUGGAUGUGGACACAGUGGCCGAGCGCAUCCAGCGAAUGCAGCAGGCUACGCCCUGCAUUUGGUGGAAGGCCAUCAGCUAUCAUUACGUGAGGAGAACACGGCAGGUGACGCGCUACCGUAAUGGAGAUGCGUACACCACCACGCAGGUGUACCACGAGCGAGUCAACACCCACGUGGCUGAGGCGGAGUUUGACUACGGGAACUGUGGGGUUAAGGACAUCUCAAAGCACCUGCUGGGCCUGGAGAGUUUCCCUAUCACCAGGCUGAGGUUCACUAAGUGCUUUAGCUUUGCCAGUGUGGAGUCAGAGAACUCCUAUCUGACCCAGCGGGCCAGGUUCUUCACAGAGAACGAGGGUCUGGACGACUACAUGGAGGCCCGUGAGGGAAUGCAUCUGAAGAAUGUAGACUUUAAAGAGUAUAUGAUUGCCUUUUCUGACCCUAAUCACCUUCCCUGGUACGCAACUAACUCCACUUUUUGGGUGGCAGCUGCUUUCACCCUCUCCUGGCCUCUACGUGUGCUGGCAGAGUACCGCACUGCCUGUGUUCACUACCAUGUAGAGAAGCUGUUUGGCUUUGACUACGUGCCAGUAACACCAUCUGAGGAGCAGCCGUAUUGCCGUCACAUCCCACGAGUCAACACAAUCGACAGCACAGAGCUGGAGUGGCACAUCCGCUCCAACCAGCAGCUGGUGCCCAGCUACUCAGAGGCAGUUCUCAUGGACCUGGCCCAGCUCUCAGGGAGCUGUAACAGCUACUCCAUAUGCGGAGGCUACGGCAGCUACAGGCAGAACUGUGAACGCUGCCACCGCGCCAUCAGCAGCUCCUCCAUCUUCUCUCGCAGCGCCCUCAGCAUCUGCAACACGGGGAGCCCCCGCAUCCCCUUCAGCGCCAGCCGCUUCUCACUGGGCCGCCUGUACGGCUCAAGGCGGAGCUGCCUGUGGAGGAGUAGCGGCAGCCUAAAUGAGCAGUCCUGCCCCACAGAGAGCACACGCUGUCUGUCGGGUCAGCAGACCAGCGAGGAGAACCCUCCAGCCUAUCAGGAUGCUCUGUACUUCCCAGUGCUCAUUGUGCAUCGCAACGAAGGCUGCCUCAACCACGACCACCACUCCCUGCACAGGAAUGGCUCCUGUGUCGAAACUUCACUAUGACCCGCAGCUGCCACAUUCGUUUGAGCAAAUAUAAUGAUACAAGCACAGAGUGAGAGACCUCUUAACCCCAGGGUUAGGAUAAUAUUUGACUUCUGCUUCUCCUUUUUACAACAGAGGUAAAUCUGUCACCUACAAGCUACCGCAAACAAAGAUUUGUUCAAGUUUCUAAAGCUACUGUAACCUCAAACAGGAAACACAGUACGUUUGGGAAAGUCUUUUUAAUAAGUCAGGGAAAACAGACUUGAUGGACUUGAUGAGACUGUUGUUUAAAAUACAAUGCAGCUUUAAAGGACCAUACUGCCAAAGUGUCACGUACAGCCCUUCAGCGUCCAUAAAGAGUUAAAUCACCAAGGAAUAACAAGUGGAGUCACAUCCUACUGUAAAUGCCAUAUUUGUAGAUCUUAGUCACAGACAAUUUGCAAAGACAUGAGUAACACUUUCUUGUAUUUGGAGCCUAAAAUAGGAUUUGACUCAGCGGUAGCCUGGGAAAUUGCCAAGAAGUGAAAGAGAUAUGACAACUAAUGAAUGAACGAAGAAGUGAAAUGCUGAUAAACGCAUCGACACACACAUCAUGUGAGUCAUAUGAAUGGUGCAAAUCAUUGAAAGAAAAUGCGGCGAUAUCAGCCUCCUGUCAAAGCAAAAUUAACAAAGACUUAAAUAAAAUACAGCUCUUACAGCUCUUAUAAAGUGACGGUAACAUGGGCCCAAAUAUAAAAUGUAAACAUCUGCAUGUAAAACAUUUUGAUAUUGAGUGAUUUAAAUUUGUUCACUCAAAGUUGAUGCUCACAGAAAUCCAUUGAAAAAAGAACUACAUUUCACUAGUGUAAAAAUAAAUGUCUGAUACAGACGCUAAAAUAUCCAGUCAGCUGAAAUCAGCUUGGUUGCAGAUGACAUUAUACUUCUCGGCUUGCUAAAUAUAGUAACACAGUCGAUGAAUAAUUUAGCACAGGAAGGCUAAAGGACACGAGAACUUCAAACUGAAUGAACAACACUUCUUCAAUCGGUUUCUUAAUCACUAUCAACUGUACAGGUUGUAUAAUGCCCAACUACAUAGUAAUAAACAUCACCAUAAUAUUGAUAGAAUAGUGUCUCAACCACAGCUAGUUUAAAAUCUCAAAGAUCCAUUUGAUUUCAUAUUUGGCAAUAUUUUUAUUCAGCCUACCUCUUUAUUUAAGUGCCUAGCGAUCAACUGUUACCGACAAACAUAAGCUACCAUAACUUAAAUCAGCUCAUCUCAACAUCUUCCCAUUUAAACAAGUGAAAUUUACAAUCAUAACAGGACAUGGUAAACAAUGUAUAGGAGAAACAUGUUGUAUUUCCUGAUCUCAUUACUGUUUAAGAUACAAAAGGUUCUAAGAAUCAGAUCCUAAAUGUUCUGUGGAUGAUUUUCUACAUAAUGUAACACAGCUCUUACUGUAUAUAGCCAGCUCUAGGCUGCUGCUGAAGCAUAUCAGAGAGACAGCCAGAGAGCUGGCCAUCAAAGACGCUAGAAAUAGGCAGAGGCCUGGAUUCACUACUGAUAGUGUCAGAUUUAAUAAUGCGACACGGAUUACUUUAAAUAAGUAAAAAAAAAUACUUCCUCUCAGCUGAGUGCAUGCAGUUUCUUAGUCAUGGUGAAUUUUGUUUUACAGCCCAGCCAUGCACUACAAUAAAUCUUUAAACAGAAAUAAAAACCAGGAAUGCUAGAACUUUUGAAAGAGAUACUGGUAGUUCCAAAAUGCACCUACUCAUCAUUCAAAGUGUGCUUUAUUUCUUCCAUUAUUCCUCAACAUUUGUAAAUGGCUGUUUAGUGAUACUUUUAUGGAUGAAAAUAAGCACAGAGCUCAUUAUUUACAAGCCAAAAUUCAUCUCAUAAGACCUGCAGUGAAAGUUGAACUGGCCUAGAUCAUUGACCGAUAAUUUUCUGCCAUUACAACCAUCAGAAUCAUUGAAUUUCUAAGAACAGUAAGAAUCUUGCCUGUGGUCGGACAUUUUGUGUCUCUUCCUGUAACGACCUGUCAUCACAAUAAUGGGCUUGUACUGUAAAUUGUGACCAAUUCAUUCUCAUUACAUUCCAUAUGUGGUGUUAGGUUUGGAGUUGCCGAAAAUCUUUAUAGCAAUACUAGAGAAUGCACUGAAAAUAGUCAGAGGGAGUGAGACAUGAUAAAGAAAAAUACUGAUUCUAUCAAACCUCACAUUUCAUUCUACAGCUGUUUUAACCUGUUUUCACAACUCACAGGUCAUCUAUGCAAGCCCCUAAAACUCAGGAUCAUAUUCAGGGCAAGUAUUCUGCUUGCAACAACAUCCCAAAAACUUGGUCAUUGCUCCUUCCUCUCAAUCUUAGGUCUACGCAGUUAUGCAGACAUUCCAUUUUGGUUUUCCAAAGGUUUUGCAAAGAUCAGCUGCAUCAUAACUGGAUCAAGGGGUUUGCAAACACAGGUCGCUGAACCAAACUGUCAUAAUUUUACUAAUUUUCUCAUUCUCGGGUUACACCAUUAAAACAAGGACUUAUCUAGUCAAGACCUUCCUAAUGAGGAAACUGGUUUCCAUGAAAAAUCUGUAGCAUGGUUCAAUCAAAAGCUAUCAACUAUGUAAACAGGAAGUCACUGAGCUGUAAAAUAACUUCCAAAUGUUGGAUGG